CCCCAUCCUAAAAUCCUCUCAAUUUCCAAACAUGUUUGAUCCAAGAAACCAAAAACCCAAUGAUCAUAUACACAUUCUUGAUCCAGUUACAACCUCAGAUUACACAUAUAACAACAACAAUUAUGCCACCCAAAAAAAUAGGCCAAAAAAUGAUGUUGGAGGCCUAGAAAUGUCACAAAAACAUGUUGAUUAUAGUGAUGAUUCUGGUAUUUCUUCACCACCCUUAUGGAAAAAUAGUUCAUCAAGAAGCCCUGAUCACCCCUUUCAUAAUUCGACGAAUCAUCGAUCAAUUUCACCUAGCUCUAGAGCUCUAGCUAUAGCUAAAGGCCAAUGGGAACUAAUGGAAAUGAUCAAGAACAUGCCUGAAUCAUGUUAUGAGUUGUCACUUAAGGAUCUUGUUGAAAAAAAUUCAAUCUUGGAAACAAAUCAAGAAGAAUGUUUGAUCAAUAAAGAAGAAGAAAAUUUUAGUACUAGUCAAGAACAAGUUGUGGUGCAAAGGGUGAAAAGUGUAAAAAGACAAGAAAGUGGUAAAAACAAGAAGGGGAAAAUGAUUAGAAAUGAAAGUUUUGAAGAAAAGGGGUUUUUCUUAAAGAUGUUUUUUCCAAUUCCACCAAAAACAAGUAGUACUAAAGUUUCACCUAAGCCAGUUGAAGGUUUAAAAAGUUUGGAGAAAGAUUGGUGGAAGAAGAGAUUUUCUUGUUCAAGUGAGAGUGAUAGUAGCAAAACAGGAAGUAGUAGUAGUGAAAGCAGUGGCAGUAAUGAUAGCAGAACAAGUACUAACAGGAAAAAGAAAGGAUUUUUAACCAAUUUCUGGUCAAGAUCAUGCUUUAGUAAAAGCAAAUUAGCAGAGUGAAGACAAUCAAAUAUUGCCUCUCUUGUUUGGUUAUGAAUCCUGUAAAUCAUUUGUACUUACAAGACUUACAGAUGAAAAAAAUAUAUCCUGUAAAGAUCAUUGAUAAAUAAAAGAUCAAUCAGAGGUGAUUCUUGAGUUUUGUUGCAAUAGUCAUUUUAAGUUUCUUAGAGUUGUUUCCCUUGAAAAGGAAGCUGUGUUACGUCCAUAUGUCUUCUCUUAUUCCCGACAUGUUAUGGUAGCCUGAAAUUGGUACGAGCAGGUCAUGUUUGUCACGAAGAACAGCAGUCCUAUUUAGAUCUGAUCUAUUUACUCAGCAAUUCAUCAGCAAACUUGUGUUGUUUUUGUUUUUGCUUGUUUGGAUAUAUAUAUUUGUUAGAAGAAUAU